GCCUUCACCGAGCUGCAGGCCAAGGUGAUAGACACACAGCAGAAGGUGAAGCUGGCCGACAUCCAAAUCGAGCAGCUGAGCAAGACGAAGAAGCACGCCCACCUCACCGACACGGAGGUCAUGAUGCUGGUGGAUGAGACCCGCAUGUACGAGGGCGUGGGGAGGAUGUUUAUUCUUCAGUCUAAAGGAGUGAUUCAUAACCAGCUUUUAGAAAAACAGAGAAUAGCCGAAGAGAAAAUUAAGGAAUUAGAGCAGAAGAAGUCGUACCUGGAGCGGAGCGUGAAGGAAGCAGAAGAUAACAUCCGGGAAAUGCUGAUGGCCCGAAGGGCGCAGUAG